CUCUUUUAAAUAGAUUUUUCAACGAUAAAAGAACAGGUAUUUGUGUGUAUAUAUACAUACACACACACACACAAUAUGACCAAGCUUCCCUUUUUUAAGCUCUAGAUAUUCCUUCUUCUUCUUCCUCAUCCUCCAUUGAUGCUCACAAACCAUCUUUAUUAGAAUGCUUGGAUUUCCAGAGACAGGGGAUCAUACCGUUUUGUCUCCCGGUGGUGUAAUGGGGAGGAGACACGUGGCAGCACCGCCGGCGACGACGUUGAACACAGUGACUCCAUGCGCCGCUUGCAAGCUCCUCCGCCGGCGUUGUGCGGCGGAGUGCCCUUUCUCCCCUUACUUCUCCCCUCAUGAACCCCACAAGUUCGCCGCCGUUCACAAAGUCUUCGGCGCUAGCAACGUCUCCAAGUUGCUCACGGAGGUGCCGGAAAGUCAGAGAGGAGAUGCGGCGAACAGUCUGGUCUACGAAGCGAACCUAAGGCUAAGAGAUCCUGUCUACGGUUGCAUGGGAGCAAUCUCAGCCCUCCAACACCAGAUUCAAUCCCUUCAUGCUGAGAUCUCCGCCGUUAGAUCCGACAUCCUCCGCUUCAAAUACAGCCAGGCCGCCGCCGCCGCCUCUCCAGACGCUCUCAUCGCCCACACUACAGACGUUGGGGUCGGUGGUCACUUCCGCACCGCCGCCGCAACUGACCCCUGCUCCGCCGCGGACGCCACCGCCGUCUUUGCCGUCUCCGUCGGUGGUGAUCUCCUCUUCCUCCUCCUCUUCUAA